AUGGACAAAGUGGCCAGAACAGCCUUGGCUGUCCAACGCAGCCGCGCAGCCUUUUUGAGGCUGCGCAAGACCUCUGAGCCGGGCCUACGAGGUCUGGCGCCAGAUGAGGACGGCCUGGUGCCGCUGGAAGAGGUUUGGAAGCUCCUGCAGCGACUGGGAAGUUUCAAGGUUUCGGUGACCGGCUCAUUGGGCCUGGUCAUGCUGAUCAUGAUCUGCGUGAAGAACACUUUCAUCGAGGUUCGUGUUGCCGAGGAGCAUGAGGUGCGCGAAGAGAAGAAUUGGGUUGCAGAAGCUGGACGCAAGAUGCAAAUGCAUCCAACAGUGCGAGAUUUUCUGGAGGGAAAGAACAAGUCGAGUUUCCCCGUCCUCGACGCCAGAGUUGGUCCUUUGGAGCGCCGAUGGCAAAGCUAUGGUCUGAGGGGGCUCUACCUCCGCAGCCCCAGGAGAAACUUUGCAUUGGAAGCUGAAGCCGUGGAAGCGAACGCGGAGAUAUCCUCGCCCAUUGGGGGGCCCAUGGGGGAGGUGUGCAAGAUUCAAGGCUGCGAACCUUGCGUCUACUCCGUGAACCAAGGUGGAUGCCAGGCAACAUGUGCCUUGUGUCAUGUACACCACGCGUUGAAGAAGGGACGGCCACGCAAAUUCCUGCGGAACAGCUACAAAGACAUGAUCGAACGCGCUCUGGAGUUGGAGGAACCCCAGCGUCAAAGGGAACUCCAGCAGUUGGCCACCCAAGAUAAGUACCUCCGUGCACUGAUCCUUGCGAAAUUGAAAGACCUGUAG